AUGACUUGGAUUUCACUGCCAAAGCACAGUGAGGGUUAUAGUAAUGGUGCCACACAUUUUGUUAGGAAUGCGUUUGAUAAUUUCUCCAUAGGAAAUGAAUUACGCUGCCCUUGCAAAGAUUGCAGUAACCGUUUCUGGAUUUCUCCGGACAAUGUAUAUGAACAUCUCGUGUUUAAUGGUCCUUGUCCAUCAUUUAGUAAUUGGAUAUUUGAAGUGUCAACCGACAAGUUUAGAAAGCCUGAUGAUGUAGGGAUGGAUGAUUCUGAUAUGUGUAUAGGCCUAGGUGAUGAUUUUGAUGAAAUGAUUCGCAAUGAAGGUAGAGCUAGAAAUGGAAUGAAUAAAGCUGCAAAAGACUUCUAUAAGCUUGUUCAGGAAGGGAAACAACCUCUGUUUCCCGGGUCUGAAAAUUUCACGCAAUUAGGCUUCAUAGUCAGACUUUACCAAUUAAAGUGCAGUCAUGGUUUUACCGAGUCUGCAUUCAGCGGUAUUUUACAAUUGUUGAAGGAAGCUUUCCCGAAUGUAAACCUGCCUUCUUAUUUUAGUGUUGCCAAAAAAAUGAUUAGAGAUUUAGGCCUUGAUUAUGAAAAGAUACAUGCUUGUCCGAACGAUUGCAUGUUAUAUUGGUCUGAAAACAAAGAUGAAAUUAAGUGUAAAUUUUGUGGGGCGUCAAGGUGGGUAGUCUCUAAGAAAGAUAACCGUGCACCUUUUUCCACUAAAGUACAAGAAAACAGCUCUAAGAUUCCCGCAAAAGUCUUGAGAUACUUUCCACUAAAACCAAGGUUGCAACGGCUUUUCAUGUGUAAAGAGUAUUCUGAACUCAUGAAGUGGCAUGCAGUGGGGCGAACAAAAGACGGAAAGUUAAGGCAUCCAGCGGAUGCAGAGGGGUGGAGGUCAAUGGAUGCUAGUCAUCCAAAAUUUGCAGCAGAAAUUCGAAAUGUGAGGUUAGGAUUAGCUGCAGAUGGUGUCAAUCCUUACCGAUCAAUGAAUAUAAGUCACUCCACCUGGCCAGUUGUUCUGGUCAAUUAUAAUCUUCCUCCUUGGUUGAUUAUGAAACCAGAAAAUUUGAUUUUAUCAACACUAAUCCCGGGUCCUGAGUACCCUGGUAACGACAUAGAUGUGUAUUUGCAGCCACUGGUUGCAGAGUUAAAAGAAUUAUGGGACAUAGGUUUAGAAACUUAUGAUUCCCACGCUGACCAGACCUUUACGUUGCACGCGAGUCUAUUAUGGACCAUCAGUGAUUUUCCGGGGUAUGCAGUUUUAUCGGGGUGGAGCACGAAAGGUAAGUUAGGUUGUCCCAAUUGCCACUAUUGUACUUCUUCAACCUAUUUGAAACAUAGUCGAAAAGUUGUCUACAUGAAUCAUAGAAAGUUCCUUCCUCCUGGCCACAAGCUUAGGUACGACUAUAAAAGAUUCAAUGGUAUGGUCGAAACAGAUGUUUCUCCACCUCCAUUGUCUGGAAUGGACAUUGAAGAACUAUUAUUUGGAUAUGAGAAUUGUUUCGGAAAGCGAGAUUUAAAGAAAAGGAAACGAGAGACAGGGUGUCCCUUUAAAAAGAAGUCCAUAUUUUUUGAAUUACCAUAUUGGAGGGAAAACCUGGUUAGGCAUAAUCUAGAUCUAAUGCACAUAGAAAAAAAUAUUUGUGAUAAAAUAUUAGGGACUCUGUUGAAUCUUGGCGGUAGGACGAAAGAUCAUCUCAGUGCUCGAAAAGAUCUACAGGAAAUGGGUAUUCGUAAGGCUCUUCACCCUAUCAGAAUUGGUGAUACCAAUCAAUAUGAAAUCAGGGCCGCAAUUUUUGACAUGACUAAAAAAGAAAAGAAGCUUUUCUGCUCAGUUUUCAAGAAUGCAAAGCUUCCACAUGGAACUGCAUCUAAUAUUAGUCGCUGCGUACAUAUUGCUGAAAGAAAGAUAUUUGGGUAUAAAAGUCACGAUGCACACUUUAUGCUUCAGUAUUUACUACAAUUUGCUGUCGUAAAGACCUCAAAACCAGAGGUUGCAGUGGCUUUGCUGAGAUUGAGUGCUUUUUUUAGGGGUUUAUGCGGCAAAGUGAUUGACCUGGAGGAUAUUCCUAAGUUGCAAGAGGAAAUAAUUGAAAUCCUCUGUCAGUUAGAAACAAUCUUUCCACCUGCCUUUUUCGACAUCAUGGUUCACCUUCCAGUUCAUUUGUGUAAGGAACUGGAAUUUGGAGGACCAGUGCACCUUAGAUGGAUGUUCGGAAUUGAGCGAUACCUGUGCAAAUUGAAAUCUUAA